UAUGAUUCGUCGUUCUAUUUAUUAGUUUCAAAGCAGUUCAACCAACACUGUUGCAAAAUAUGUUGCUUUAUAUACACAUGUGAGUGAUAUAGUCUUCCUUGCUUAGAUACUGAUGGCAACUUUAAAGUGGAUGUUUCUGUUACUGGUCUUAUAUCCUACGGAUAUCAUCGCAUUAAACUAUGAUAAGGAAAUAGAUAUCAACUUGAAGGAGAAAUCAGAAGAUGGAUUAGGGGAUUUUAUUGAAUCCCCAAAGAAACAAAAUUGGACUAGAUGUGGAGACAAUAUGUGCCAGUGCAAAGGAUACCAAGCACUCUGUUUAAACAAUGGACAUCAACUGACUUAUAUUCCCAGAUUUGAACAAAACAUAACACAGCUUAAUUUUACUGGUAAUUAUCUACCGUUUAUAGAUAAUGAAACUUUUACUAACGUUACCGAGUUUCAACUGAAAAUUUUGGUUUUAAGGAAUAGUUCAAUACAAAACUGCACACGAAAUGCAUUUAAUGUUCUGAAAUUUUUACGAUUUUUACUUAUAAGAUAUAAUACCAUUUCAAGUAAUGAACUAAUGGAUUGUUUGUCCGGCAUAACAAAAUAUUUAAAUCAUAUUUUUUUAGAAUUUAUACACUUAGAUAAACCUUGGGAUCUUGAUUUGGACAAUAGUAUGACAGAUUCAAAGAUCUCCAAUUUACACUUACAGAGUAUUGAAAUACCACAUUAUAAUCAGAGUAAAUUGUCAACUUUAAAACAUCUGAAGAAUAUCGAAAUCUUCAACUCCUCUUUAAGAAUGGUUACAUGUGACUUUUCGUCUACUUUAAAGUCAUUACAUUUAAAUUCUAACCAACUUUUUGAAUUGCCAACAUUUUGUGUAAAUGAUAAGGCGUAUUUUCCACAUCUUAAUUAUUUGCGUUUAGACCAUAACAACAUACAGUCUAUAAAGCCAGAACUACUCGCUUGUAUGAAAUUCCUCAAACAGUUUUAUAUUGAUAAUAACCGUAUUAUAUUGAUAGAGAGUAACACGUUUUCAAACUUACCAAAGCUUUUACUUGUAUCAAUUUCAUACAAUGGACCAGAUAUGGCUUUACAAGAAUUUGCUUUUAAUAGUUCAUCCCUGAAAAAACUCUAUCUAUAUGACGACGACAUAUAUUUUGUCAAUGGACAAAAGCACGUCAAUGAGGAUGCUUUUAAAUACUGCACACAAUUGGAAGUUUUAAUAGUAUCAUCGAACCACUUCCGGUUUACUACAAGUCAAAUGUUCGAAGGAAUAUUCAGUACUCUGCGUAAUUUAAGAAUUUUGUCAUUAGCUCACGGCGAACUAAAGGUUCUUCCAAGUUCUAUUCCAAAAUAUCUUGAAAAAUUAGAGAAAUUAUUGCUUGGCCGUAAUAACAUUAUAAAUAUAAAGGAAGGCUACUUCAAUAAUCUCAAAUCUCUAAAAAAUAUAGAAAUAAAUUCAAAUAAAAUAACCACAGUUAAACCAAAUACAUUUUCACUUCAAUUUCUUAAACAAGUGAAAGGCAUUGAUCUUUCUAACAAUCCGUUUUCUUGCUCCUGUGAAUUACUUUGGUUCAUCAAUUUUCUAAAAACAAGCCCCAUCAGAAAACGUUUCAUUCGUUUUCCAAAAGAAUACAUCUGCGGUUCUCCGACAGUUUACGAUGGGAAGCAACUCUUACAGGUCAGGCUUUCUGAACACACAUGCGCAAUAACAUAUCAGGCCCGUUUAAUUAUUAUAUCUGUAUCGGCAGGAAUUUUUCUCUUAGUUUUAACUAUUUCUGUUGUUUACCGUUAUCGAUGGUAUCUACGAUAUAUAUUGUACAUGGCACGAUUUCAACACGUUCGCUACCAAAGACUUUUAAAUGGUGGCGAGAAUUAUAAUCAUGAUGUAUAUCUUAGUUCUUGUGAUGCAGAUUUUGAUGACGUAAUAUAUAAUGACCUUGUACCUAGAUUAGAGGAGGAUAUGGGUCUGCGACUUUAUAUCCCCCAAAGAGAUGGACAGGGAAAUAUGAUUGACCAAAUAAUAUCCAAUAUGGAUGCCAGUCGUAAAGUCAUGUUAUUUAUAUCUGAUAAAUAUGUUGAAGAUGGUUAUUGUGAAUUUGAAGCUAGUUUUGCCUAUAAUAAGUAUAUCAAUGAAAAGCGUGAUUUAAUGAUUGUAGUAGUAUUUAAUGAACUUGGUAUUCUGAAUGUAACAAAAACCAUACAUAAAAUACUGGCUGUUGAUAAUUAUAUUAAAUGGGGCUGGGAUGAAGAAAGUGUGGAAUUAUUCUGGUUAAAGAUAACGACUGCAAUUAAUAAUAUGGAUGAUCUAAUACCUUAAAAAAAACCUGUAAGAAAAAUUAUCAGAAUAUGGUCAGAUAUAAAAUUUUAUCUUAGCAUGUAAGGUCUUUUUGUCAGGUAUUUUUCUUUGGGUGUCCUUUACAGUAUUCCACUGUGUUUUUUUUUAAAUAUGACUAUUUACUUGCUAUGUUAUAUUUUGUAUGUUAAAGGGAUAUAUAGUUUCCAAAUGCCAUUAUAAUCCAUUUAAUUUCGAAUCGUCUAAGAUUAAUCUGUCACAUGUUAUCGCUUUCUUUGUUUUUCAUUUCCUGUAUUUUAUAUAAUUACUAGAUAAUGAUUAAAGUAUUAAUAAUUUGUUUUAGAUAUUUAAUGAUUUGGUCAUAUAUUUGUAUUUAAUAUACCUAUUAUUAAGAUUUGGUUUGAUUGUUACUGUAUAUCUAUUGUUAUCUAAAUUAUUUCUAAAUAAAACAACUUAUGUAAUAAAAAUAUAUGACCUUAUUACUUUAGCUAAUUGGGGGGUUGGAUGGCUGAAUGGUUAGUACGUGCGCGCUGUAUCAUAAAGUCUGUCAUUGAGUCAACUGGCGUGGUUUCGAUUCCCCGGUUGUACGUGACAAGGAGUAGGGUCGCCUGUCCAACCUCGUGGGUUUUCUCCGGGUCCUCCGGUUUCCUCCCACUGCUAAAGACCCCUACGCGCAACCGAAUUAUGGAAAUAAAAUUGAACCAUAUGUUAGUCCCGAAAUAACCUAGUUUGUGUCGAGUGGACGUUAAACCCCAUUUCUCUCUCUCUCUCCCUCUCUCGCUAGUUUUACGACUAUGAUACGGAUAAUUGUAGUUGAUAAAUGUUAAACUGCGAAAUGUGAUGUGUGAUUCAUGACACCAUACAGGAAGUAUUUACGAAUUGUUUGUAAAAGUUAUAUAUUAGUUUCAAAGCAGUUCAACUAACGCUGUAGCAAUAUAUGUUGACUUAUACACGGGAGUGAUAAAGGUUCCUUACUUGGGUGAUAAUAUUUUUAUUAUAAAAUACCUCCCCGUGUAUAAACUGCGAAAUUUGAUGAUAUAUUUGAACUAACAACAUAAUUUACUUCCUUAAAGUUUACUUCAAAUCUUAUACAAAUAUAUAUUGAAUUAGAAGAACUCUAGUGUAGCCAGAAAGCUCAAGUAUCCGCUUGUAGCUUAAACGGGCUGACACUUUCUAUUGGGUUAGGACUCUAGUAGUUACUCUAGUAACGUAAAUUGUAUCGGCUCUGAACAGCCUUCUACUACGUUACAUUCAUAUUACAUUAUUAUAUGCGUUGUGACGUAUUUGUGUCAAUUUCUAGGUCCCAAAUAUUAGCUCCUUUAAAGGGAUAUUCACUGUGUAUAUAGAUUCCAAAUGCCAUUAUAAUCCAUUUAAUUUUGAUUCGUUUAAGAUUAAUCUGUCACUUUUUAUCGCUUUCUUUGUUUGUCAUUUCCUGUAUUUUAUAUAAUUACUAGAUUAUGGUUAAAAAUUUGUUUUAGAUAUUUAAUGAUUUGGUCAUAUAUUUGUAUUUAAUAUACCUAUUAUUAAGAUUUGGUUUGAUUUUAAUUUUUACGCUAUAUCUAUUGUUAUCUUAAUUAUUUCU